AUGUCUGGGCGCGUUACGCGAAAACGAGCUCGGCUCAACUCCAAUGGCGAUGGCACUGGCGUUCUAGAGAGUGUAUCAGCAGAAUCCUCGAGCAGCGCGCAACACGGCUCUAAGCGCGUGCGACGCAGAGACAAAGAGUUCUGGUACACCGACGGCACCAUCAUACUAGUCGCUGGCGACGUCGAAUUCCGCGUUUACAAGGGCAUUCUCUCCGAGAACUCCCCAGUUUUCAGCGACAUGUUCUCCCUACCGCAACCUCCAAUGGUUUCGUCCCAGAACACGCCGUCCGCCGGCGAGGACUGUCCUCUAGUGCACCUACCCGACUCUGCCGAGGACCUGAGGCAUGUUCUACGCGUCUAUAUGCCCAAUAAUCACGCGAGCCCGUUCAAGGCCCCCAAAGAUCCCUCAUAUGCGGCAAUAGCGGCGGCCGCGCGCCUGGGACACAAAUACCAGAUGACGAGUCUCCUUGAACAGGCCGUGGACUACUUGAAGACGUACUACACCAACGACUACGUUUCUUGGAUAACGCGCGGCCUCUUUGUCCCGCCCAACUUCUCGGACGUGCAUUCUAUCGGGGUCCUUAACCUCGUCCGUCUCCUCGGCGAGACGAGCCUCCUCCCGACCGCGGUGUUCGCGUGCUGCCAGCUCAACCUGCGGCUCGUCUGUGGCUUCGCGCGUGCAGACGGCACACGCGAGCAGCUCACCUCCGACGACCUCGCCCUCUGCGUCACCGCCAAGACCCGGCUCGUGCAAGAGUCGGUCCGGGUCGCGCUCCUCACCAUUCAGCCACGCCUCUCGAAGGGGUGCAAGACCACGGCGCAGUGCGAACGCGGCUUCGGGAAGCUCGUCCGGAAGGCGGCGGAUUGGGUGCGCGAGAUUGCGACGGCGGAUCCGUUCGUGUGCCCGCUCGUCCGGUUGGAGUGCCAUCUGGGGGGUGAUUUGUGUCGUUCUUGUUGGUCGUCGGCGCAGACUCGUGGAGUUUUGGAGAGGCGCGAGGUGUGGACGAGGCUGCCCAAAAUACUCGGCCUCGAGGAUCCGGGUCCGGGCGGAGUAGUGGCGGAUGGUGCAGCGGUGGCUGGUGCCACUUGA